UCCUAAACUUCACCAAAGACAGAACAACUUACGCAGUGUACUUCUAUAUUGCUCAGAAUUCUCACUUCAUUAUUAGCUUUUGAUUGAACAUGGUUGGAGUAGGAGUUCCAAUUUGCGUGGAAUGUGGCACAAGGAGUAACCCUUGCCGGUGUAAGGUGGUGGGGCCUACACUCGGGUUCGUGGCGUUUGUGGCAGCGGCGGUGGUGGAGUGGCCGGUGGGGGCUCUGGUGUAUUGCUUUAAGCAUAUGAAGGGUCGCAAAAUCAUGGGUCAUCCUGCUACUGUUGUAUACCCUAAAGUCACCAAUGCCAUCCCCAUCUAACUUACUUUUGUUGUAUUUAUUGUUUAUCCAAUUUCUCAUUUCGUGUUAUGUAGAGUUCUGAUGUUGAUGUACUAGCAUCAUAUGUGUCGGCAUAUAUGUUCAGUUUGUAUUGUAACUUAUGAAUGAAUUUUGUUGUUCGGCUAAAUUGGCUUGGGUAUGCAUUUCAUAUAGUAAUGUUUGA